CGUCCCGCGACGGGGAGAGGAGGCGGCGCUCCCUCGGGCCUUCGCUGCGGCGGGCGGGCCGGCGCCAUGGCCACCAAGUGGUUCAGCGGGGCGCCCUUCGGGGUGCAGAGCGCCAGGUUUGACGUCUCCGCUGUUUAUCCCAACCGGAAGAAAUUCAGCACCUUCACGGAGGCCCCAUACUCCAGGCAUUUUUCCACCGAAGUGUCCCACAUAGGACCUGGGACCUACAGCUCCAAGGAGACCUGCUUCAGCAAGAAGAAGCUGAAGAAGGAGGCUAGCACAGGCUGGGCCAAGGCCCAGGAAGCCACCCGGCUGACCCAGCUGCCCCAUUUCCAGUACCAGGCCAUCAUGAGAGAGAAGCGGCUGCAGCAGGAGGAAAGUCUGGGGCCCGGCUCCUACAACUUCAAGGACUUCUUGGAACAGCUGCAGCAGAAACCAUGUAGCACCCGCGGGCUGCUCAGUUCUGGGGAGAUUCGCUUCCGAGGACUCAUCGGAAACUUCUAUCCAGGCCCUGGAAAUUAUGGGGAGAAGGGCAACCCCUACACGAAGCUGGAGGAGAAUGCAUGGAACCGGUCCCACUCCGAGGGCCUCAUGGGCAGGAUGACCAACAAGCCGCCCCCCUUGGCUCAUCAGGGGAGCGGUCUGGCACCAGGGACCUACCACUUGAAAAGUGGCAUCGAGACAUUCCUGGCCCAUUCAGUCGGAACCCGUGGCCCCUAUGACAUUUUCUCAGGCGACCGAAGCAAGCCCAAGCCUUACGGACAUUACCUUGUGCAGAAAAAAAAGCCCAGGGAACUAAUGAAUUUCAAGAGCUUCGUGGAGGAACUUAACUCACGUCACAAUAAGAAGCGUGGGGUUUUCUUGAAACUGUCCCGCAACCCGAAAACCCCUUCAGAGAGGAUUUACUGGACCACCCUCAGCCAGUGUCCCCGGAAGCUGGCCACGUCUGGUCCUGGUACAUGGCUUCCGCCAGAGAAGGAGUGUAAAAGUGUCAACCAGCCACCGUUCCUGUUGGCCUCCAAGCGGGCAGGCAUAAAGGCCUACCAGAUGAUUUUGGGAAACUGGAACCCCGUGGGUGUGGGCCGCUACUUCAACACCGGGCUGAAGGAGACAAAGGACAGUCGUCAGCGAUACCGGUCCCUGUACCUGGGCAGAACCAAGCGUUACCUCUCAGACCCAGUCCAGGAUGCAAUCUUGCAGGAAAGGAUCACACCUUUUACUAAAGGGAAGUGUGUUUCAACUGUGGAUUACAAUUCAGAUCCUACUCCAUAAAGCUGUAUGUGAAGAACGGCCUGCCGUGAGCAGAGGACCAAAGAUCUAAAGACAUAUCUGGGGGUGGGAGUGGAGAUUCUUGGAGAAAGGAGACACGAGAAUGCCUUCAAGAGGGGAGAGAUGUGGCAGGAUCACCCUUGCUGGAGCCAUCUACCUGCUGGUCACAAUGUCUGCUGGGACAUCUGGAGCAAGAUAUCUUUUGAUACAAGAGAUCAGUUAUCCUGAAAAUUCAAAUUGGCCAGUGACAUUAACCUGGGAGUCUGAUAUCAGAUGAACUGAAGGAGUGGAAUGUGGUCAACACUCUUGGAACUCCUUUUAUUCAAAAGCCAGAGCUCUUGACUCCCUGUUCAUUAAAGUCUGAAAAGAGGUGGGAGAGCAUGGCAUAUCUUGUGUGACAGCUCUGGGCCCUCUCCAGGGUGCUCCAUCUCCAUCCCAGGAUGAUUCUGGAAGCAGGGUGGGCCCUCAUGCUAUGAGGAGGCUGCUGACCUCCAAGCAGUGUCCUACCACUGGGGACAAUUGCUCCACCCCCAGAGUCAGGUAGGUCUGUGUGUGGGAGGGGGCAGGCCAUGAUGUCCUGAGCUUCUUCAUUCAUUGUUUGUCCAUGAGAGAUUGGGUAGGAUGAGGGGAGUGGGUUGUGCACCCCAGAAUCAUGUUUUUAAAUUUAAUCCAUUCCUGGGGGUGUGGACCCUUUGUAAGGAGGAUUUCUGGGUGAGCAGGAGCUCAAGUUAAGAUGUGACCCACCUCAUUCAGGAUGGGUCUUAAUCCUCUUACUGGAGUCCUUUAUAAGAGGAUGAAAUUCAGAGAUAGUAAACAGAGAAAAAGACACAGAAGCUGAGAAAGAAAGUCACAUAUGUGGAGCGGCCAGAAGCUGAAAGCAAAGAAACCCAAGAGAGAAGGGAGAGACCAGGAGAUGCCAUCACGUGUCUGGCCAUGACAGAGGAGUCCAGGAUCACCGGUGGCCAGUCUUCAGGAGACAGCAUUGUCUGUUGAUACCUUGAUUUGGACAUUUGCAUGGCCUCAGAAGUGAAGCUUGUAAAUUAAUAAAUUCCCAUUGUAAAAACCAACUCAUAUCUGGUAUAUUGCAUUUUGGUAGCUGAGCUGACUAAAACAGGGGAGUAGACUGGGACACCUCAGCCUCAGACACAAAA